GCAGACAAGCAUUUAUUUAUUAUAGGAUUCCCAAGUGGUCAAGUUCCGAAGUUCUAGCCACAUAAGGUGGUGAACGAACAGACGACGAAUUCUAGUCGAAAAAAGUAAAUUUUGACGUCCCAUGUCGGUUGUUGAACACCAGCGAUAGCGUGCUUGAGUUGGCCUAGCUACCCAUCGCGUUUGCUGUGUGCCCAUGAUGAAGCUGCUACAGCUGGGCGCGAGUCUGCUCUCGUGGUCGUUAUGUGCCACGGCUACGAUUCUGGAGAAUGGUCAUGAAAGACUGAACCCGUGGCCUGGGCAGACUCAGAGCAUUGCUCUCGAUGAAUCUUGGAAAAGUUACGGGCCAGACGUAUCCCAGAUUUCGUACAAGGGGCGUUGGGAUAGUCAGCAUAUAUCUUGGUGGUCAGCCCCCGGAAUCAAAGUUGGAUUUUCAGGCAAGAAACUUGCUGUAACGUUUGGCCCAAGCACAUCCGAAGGAGCCUUGGUAGCUUACCGGAUCGGGUCCUUUGACUGGUUAUUCUCCAAUGUGACCGCGGGCUCGACGCACUAUUUCGUCGGUCCCGGGACGGCACUUGACGGUGACGAUAUACCUGAUAACAAUAUUUUCGAGAUGCGAGUUACGAAUUGGGGCUUGGGAGUUCAGAUAGCUGGGGUAUCUAUUGCUAGCGAUGCUCGUCUUUUGAAACCUGUCACGUAUCAAAAGAAAGUGGAACUAAUAGGAGGAUCCGUCGUAUCUGGACAAUUCGCUACGUAUGAGACCUUGUCCUCGUGGGCGUUUCUCUAUGCAGCUGGUUUAGGCAAUGUUGAAUAUACAAUUACUGCCUACCCAGGAGUCUGUCUCGCUGACCUCCAAUGCUACGGCGGCGGCACCCAUGGCAUGACAUGGUUCUGGCACCACGCUUCAGACCCCGGCGUCCGCGCAGCUUCCAUGUAUGGCGGCGAGCCCGAAGAAUACGACGUGAAGGCCGAGCAGCCCGCUGACCUCGUCAUUAUCCAAAUGGGCGGAAACGACCAUCGACCCCCGAACGAAAUCCCAGGCGAUAAAUUCGCAGAAGCUUAUAUUGAUAUGAUUGAGGAUAUCCACAAAGUCUGGCCCCAGGCAGUGGUCGUGCUUAUGUCCCAAUGGGGCGGAUUCAUCCGCUCCGGAACCGGCUGGCGCGGCACCACAAUCUACGAGCCCGAAACGAUGCGCGUCCUCGACCACUUCAAAGACCAAGGCUUCGUGCACUAUUUCAACACAGACGGCAUCCUCGCGCAUAACGAUAUUAAUCCCAAGAAUCACCCCACGGACGUCGGCCAUAUCAAGCUGGCAAGUCACCUCUUGCAAUGGACGAGAGUGGUUCUGGGUUGGGAAUUGGAACCGACGGGGGAAAUGACGCAUUCGACGCUUUAUUGGAAUGAUCAGCAGGAGUAUUGAAUCAUAUCUUGGGAAGAGGGAGAAGGAGAAGAAGUAAAAAAGAAUAAUGGGGGACAGGUUAGGAACUUGAGUAGCUGAGCCCUGUGUGGGGGGGGGGAGGGGUUGAUUCUGGUUUUGACUUUUUUGGACAGGUCAUAUAAUCGAUAGAUGAUUAUAGAUCUUUGUGUUAUUACUUUUUUAUUUAUUGUCGUCGUUAAAUAAAGAGAGUGGAUACUGAGGAAGCAGUUAUGGACGUGAGCAUAUUCUUAAAGGCUUUAUAUCCUGCUGUUACAAAGAUAAUUAAAAGCACAUUGUUACAAAUUUCAGUAGAAAAUCA